CUCGCAAGAGAAACUUUUAAAAUCUCUUAUUGUUGCUCCCAUUCUCUAAGUCUGCAACACUCUCUGGUACAUAUUGCUUAACAAGCUAGUAAGUUACCAAUUGCUUCCAUGGCCACCCAAGCAACUUCCUCCUCCCCUUCUCAACUUUUUCAUCAUCUUCUUCUUCUUCUUCUUCUUCUUGCCCUUGUUGGAAAUACCAUGUGUUCGUCAGUUUUUGCGGUGUUGACACCUGCAAAAUUUUUACAAAUCAUCUUUAUACUGUUUUGAAACAAAAAGGUAUUAUCACUUUUCGGGAUGAUGAGAAACUUGAGCGAGGAAUGUAUAUUUCCCCAAAGCUCUUGAAAGCAAUAGAAGAUUCCAAGUAUGCUAUUAUCGUUCUUUCAACAAACUAUGCUUCUUCAAAGUGGUGCUUAACUGAACUAGCAAAAAUUUUUGAAUGCAAGAAAAAGACCAAAUUGACAGUUUUGCCCGUAUUUUAUCAUGUGGAUUCCUCUGACAUAAGGAACCAAAGAGGCACUCUUGCUGAAGCCUUUGCUAAACAUGAGGAAGAUACUAGGGUUAACACAGAAGAUAUGCAAGUGUGAAAAGCUGCUUUGAAAGACUUAGGUCAUAUAUCUGGAUGGCAUUUGCAUGAUAGGUGAUUGCGGGGGCUAGAACCCCCGAGCAUCAGGUCAUAUGGGUACCCGGGUGCCAAUAGGCUACUGAGGCCAAUGGCUACGGCUAGCCAUUUCACUCUACGCCAAGUACUCUCCAGAUAUAAACAUCUAGGUAUGGUUCAUCUAACUCAGUGCCAGGUACUCCCCAAGUACAAACAUCAGGGUACAAUUGUCAUAUGACUCUAUGUCAAGUACUCCCCAGGUACAAACAUCUAGGCAUGAAUCAAUAAUUAUACAAAAAAUCAUUGGAAGGAUAUUUAGUGAGUUGUAUCACAAACUCCCAUGUGUUUCUGAGGACCUUGUUGGAAUAGACUCCUGUGUGGAGAAAAUGUUGGAUUCAUACAUAGGUGAAGGGUUGGGUGGUGUUCACUUUGUUGGGAUAUGCGGGAUGGGUGGAAUGGGCAAAACAACCCUUGCACUUGAAAUUUAUAGAAGAAUUUCAGGUAACUUUGAAGUUAGAAGCUUUAUUGCGAAUAUUAGAGAAGAAACUAAAAAUCAGGGUCUAGUUUCUUUACAAAAGCAACUUCUUUCUAUGAUCCUUAUGGAAAGUGAAAUAAAUAUAUGGGAUGUUUGUGUGGGAAUCAAUGUUAUAAGGAAUACACUAAAUAAUAAAAAAGUUUUUAUUAUUCUUGAUGAUGUGGAUGGAGAAGAUCAAUUAGAAGCAUUGGCAGGGAAGCAUGAUUGGUUUGGUCCUGGAAGUAGAAUCAUUGUAACAAGCAGAGAUAAUCAUUUAUUGAUAAGAUGUGGUGUGGAUUACAUAUAUACAGUCAAUGAAUUGAAUGACGAUGAUGCUUUGCAGCUUUUUAGUUGGAGAGCUUUUCAUAAACCUCAUCCAGAAGAAAAUUAUGUGAAUUUGUCUAAGGACUUUGUGAAUUAUGCUAAAGGCCUUCCUUUAGCUCUUAAAGUUUUAGGUUCUUCAUUGUUUGCUAAAAGAAAGAAUGAAUGGAAAAGUGCCCUAGAUAAACUAAACAAAGAAUCUAAUAGAAACAUUUUGGAUAUACUUCAAAUAAGCUUUGAUGGGUUAGAAAAUACACAGAAAGGAUUAUUUUUAGAUAUUGCAUGUUUUUUCAAAGGGGAGAACAUAGAUUGUAUAAGAGAUAUAUUGGAAAGUUUUUGCUAUUAUCCAGACUACAAUAUUAGUGUUCUUAAGGACAAAUCUCUCAUAACUAUUGAUGACCACGGAACUCUAUGGAUGCAUGAUUUGCUACAAGAUAUGGGUCAAGAAAUCGUUCAUCGUGAAUCUCCUAAAGAGCCUAGUGGACGUAGUAGGUUGUGGAUUUAUGAUGAUGUCAUUCAUGUAUUAAAGAAUAAUAUUGGAACAGAGGUAGUUGAAGGCAUAAUGCUAAACAUACCUAUUCAAAAAGUGGAACACCUAAGUGCCGAAGCCUUCUCAAAGAUGAAAAAUUUGAGAUUGCUUAAAAUUAGUAGUGAGAAACUUCCAAAAGACUUCAUAAAUGGUACUAUGCAACUUCCAAAAGACCUCAUUAGAGGUAAGGUGCAACUUCCACAAGGCCUCAAUUAUCUUUCUAAUGAGUUACGUCUUCUUGAAUGGCAUGGGUAUCAUUUAAAAUGUUUACCAACCAAUUUCCAACUAAACAAACUUGUUGAAUUGAGAAUGCAUUGUAGUGGCAUCAAACAACUAUGGAAUGGAAACAUGAAUUUAGGCGAGUUAAGACUCAUUGACCUAAGUGACUCUCAAAACUUGAUUGAGAUGCCAAACCUUAGUGGAGCCCCGAGGCUAAAGCAAUUGAUUUUUCGACAUUGUACAAGACUAUAUAAGAUUCAUGCAUCUAUAGAAGAUCUCAAACAACUUAUUCGAUUGGAUUUGAAUGGUUGCAAAUGUCUUGAAAGCCUUCCUCACAAGAUCAGCUUGGAAGCACUUGAAAUUUUCGAUCUUGGUGGUUGUUCAAGACUAAAGAAGUUUCCAGAAAUUGUAGGAAAUAUGUCACGUUUGUCGAAACUUUGUUUGAGUGGGACAGCUAUAAAAGAUCUACCAUUAUCAGUGGAGCAUUUAAUUGGCCUUAUUGAAUUGGAUCUAAGAGACUGUAAAAACCUUUCAAGUCUUUCAAAUGCAUGUUGUUGUUUGAUGUCUCUAAAAAUUCUCACUUUAUCUGGCUGCUCAAAACUUGAUGAAUUACCAGAGAAUUUGGGUGAUAUCGAAGGCUUAGAAAAGCUAGACGUGAGUGGAACUGCUAUAACAGGGCUACCUUUAUCUGUUGUUCACUUAAAAAAUCUCAAAGUACUAUCUCUCCGUGGAUGUGUGGGGCAAUCAUCUAAAUCAUUCAAUAAGCUCUUGAGUUUUCCUUUAAUGCAACGAAAAAGAAGUCCUGAUCCCAUGGGCAUGUUAGAGCGUUCUUUACAAGGCUUAUGGUCUUUGACGCAACUGGAUUUAAGUUAUUGCAAUAUUCAAAUGAUUCCUGAUGUUCUUGAGUCCUUGCCAUCUUUAGAAGUAUUAAAUCUAAUAGCAAACAAUUUUGUUUGCCUUCCUGAAAGCAUCAUUCAGCUAUCUAAUUUGCAUCACCUUUAUUUGGGUGGUUGCACUCAACUUCAAAUAUUGCCCAAACUUCCAUUAAAUAUAUAUUAUAUCAAUGCAACAGGGUGUACCUCACUGGAAACAUUAUCAUUAAAUCCAGAAUAUGAUUUUCAGCCAAAUACGUAUCUCAAUUGUGUCAAAUUGAUUUAUAAUCAAGGCAAAGGUGACCUAUUCUCAAAAAUUCGAAGACAUGAUAUGUUUAAGAGAUGCUGUAACCCGAAUAGGUUAACAUAUCUCACACUUCUUGGGAGUGAAAUUCCGAAUUGGAUUAGGCACCAAAAUGCGGGGGCUUCAGUGAAUCUGCAAGUGCCUUCACGUUUAUUAUUCAGUAGCAAAUUUGUGGGAAUCGAAGUGUGCGUUGUUUAUAUAUUCUGCCAGCAUCAUCCACUUCACCAACUUCAUAUUCAAAAUAUUGAAUAUAUGACAUAUACGCAAGGGCUUCAUUGUUUCGGUAAAGCCAACGGAUAUCCAUUUUUCGGAGCGUUGCUUCCUUUAUCGGAGGAAUUUGGUAAGAUUGAAUCGUAUCAUCUUUGGCUCCAAUAUUUUCCCUCUGCAAGCUUCAGAAGCAACUGGAAAGAAGAAUUGGAUGCUAAUGAAUUCACCCAAAUUGAGGUUACAUUUAAAACCAGAGGUCCAGGAUUGGAGGUUACGAAAUGCGGAGCCCAUUUGAUAUUCGAGCAAGACAUUGAAGAUCUCAGACAAACUAAGCCUGGGUCUAGCAGCAGCAUUAUCACUCCUUAUCAUGAGGAUGAUGAUUUAGGGGGCGAUCUAGAGAAAGAUACCAAAAUCAAGGAAAGCCGUGAUGAUGAACCACCACACCCACGGUGUACAGAGCACCCUAAUCUAAUUGAAAACUGGAUUGGGAAUUCAUGCAUGCAAGGACAAGGUGACUCUGAUUGUGAGUGAGGAAAGAGGAAUUCCAGUGAAAGUGGCAACUUUGAUGAAUCUGCACAGUUGAGAAACUUUUUUUUCUCUUUGGUUUUUUAUGUAAGUCACCUUUUUCUCUUUCUUAUGGGUCUAGUUUGCAAUUGAUUGUGUGUUCACAAUUUUUGUUCAAUUAUGCCAAAGGGUAAAGUCAGCACUUUUGUUGUUCUAUCUAUAGUAUUUGCUAAAAUAUUUUCCAUAGGAGAAUACAAUUGAAUAGAUGCAUCCCCA